AUGGGUGUGGCUGGUCAGUUGGCAGUGUUGAGCUGCCUGCCUCUUACGAUGGCGGGCUGGUACAUCGGCAGGAGCGGGGCGAGAGAGGACUGCAACGCCGUGUGCGCGGGCAUCGGCCCUUGCAACGCCCAAGCACUCAACGACAUCAUGCGCUGCAGCCCAGGUCAGGUUAAGACCUUCCUUGCCGGCAUUGCUGCCUUCCGCCGCGUCAAUGAUACUGCAGGGUCCGAGCAGACUACAUCCUAUGACUGCUCGCAGUCCAUGACAGUUCUUACGGAUUCGAACGCGACCGUCGCGCCGUUUGCAGAUGCUCAUGGCCUGUGCGGGUACUCCACGAAUGGAGCUGCCUCAUGCGACAGCCAACCGCCCCUCCCCGGCUGGGUUCGCCAUUGCUGUUGCGAGGAGCAUGACGGAGACUGCGCCGUCAGCAAGUGUCCUGACUCCCCGGAAGCCUGGGACGCCAUCCCCUUGGGUUCGACAGUCGCUCUUACCGUUGCGCCUGAUGCGACGGUGACGGAGAGCGCUGGGGUGCACCCUGUCCUCACGGUACUCUUUGUUGCACUGGGGGUUCUUGCCACUCUGACUGGGCUAGCUUGCAUCAUCUACUUCCUCCUCUUCGCCAUCACCAUGUUGCGCAUGAGACAGUUGGGACACCUGGACGCAAAAAGCGAGCUUCCUCUGUGA